AUGUUUUGGACCAUCCUAUGCCCAGUUACCUUUAUUCUCGUCAGCCUCGGGCAAACGGCAACUAUCCCUCUUCCUUCAAGCACCGGACCAUGCGACGUCACGCUUCAUGCAAGUGAACUAGUUGACACGUCUCGAACCGACCCCUAUGACCCAAAAGGGGGUAAACGUUUUAUCAUGGUCACCACCUUUACUCCCGUCAAUUGCGGAAGUGUGCCCUCUACAUCUUACAUCCCGAAUGCAACUGCCAAGUAUGAAGAUGAGAGUUUCCAGUCUUCUGGACUUCUCCCGGGAACAUUCGAGUCCCUUCGCAUCCAGGCCCAGACACAGCAGCAGCUACCACCUUUCAGUCUUCACGGGGAUUACCCAGUAGUGCUUUUCUCACCGGCACUAGCAACCUCAAGAUUGUUGUACACAUUGCUGCUUCAAGACAUUGCCAGUAACGGAUUUGCCGUUGUCUCCGUCGAUCACCCAUAUGAUGCUGACAUCGUAGAAUAUCCCGAUGGCCACACGGUUCGCGGAAUACUCGUAAACCUCACCGAUGCAGAAUUUCCUGCAGCAAUGAACGUUCGUGUUAAGGACAUGUUAUUUUUACUGGAUCAAAUGCACGACGCAAAAGUGAUCAGAGGCAUAUUCCCUUUGUCACAGGGAAAUUCGCAUCUUCUCUCGCUUGAUCGAGUAACGAUACUUGGUCAUUCGCUCGGUGGAGCAACAGCAGCGCAGACAAUGCUGGUAGACAAUCGGUUUGUCGGGGGUAUCAAUCUAGAUGGUGAACUGUGGGGGUCUGUCGUGGACAAAGGACUGUCGAGCCCUUUCCUGCUUUUCAGUCAAACAAACCACACCCAGGCAACAGAGCUCAACUGGGCAAAAUUUUGGUCGCAUUUACGAGGAUGGAAACUUGAGCUACAACUCGCACAGUCUAAACACUAUACUUUUUCUGACUUUCCAGUGCUUGUCGAUGCUCUUGGUGUCUCUGAUGAAGCUAGGCAAAUUAUUCAGGCCGAAAGUAUUGGGACGAUAGGCGGGUUGCGGGCUAAACAUGUGCUUGCUUCAUAUAUAAGUGCUACACUGCAGUACUUUGUUUAUGGGCACACGUCAGAUUUGCUGAGCGGCCCUUCUGUAGCAUAUCCUGAUGUGAAAUUUGUGUCUUCCUGA